CUCUUCACAUUUCUCACUCCCUCUUUUCCAACAAGCCACACUCAUACAGUCAUACUUCCCUCUUCCGUAGUACCAUCACCGUACUAUCCUCUACAAAUGGCCCCAAUUUACACUUUUGCCACUCUCUCUCUCCUCUUUCUCUCUCUUCACCUCACCGCCACCCCUUCCUCCGCCGCUCUCGUACAACAGCAACCUCUAACGCUGAAAUACCACAACGGCCCCCUCUUAAAAGGAAAGUUCUCGGUGAAUUUAAUCUGGUACGGAAAGUUUACACCAGCUCAACGCUCCAUCAUCGUUGAUUUCAUCCAAUCACUAACCUCCCCGCGGGCCUCCCGCCCUUCCGUCGCAUCAUGGUGGAGGACCACCGAGAAGUACAAGGGAGGAGUCACUACCCUCGUUGUCGGGAAACAAGUCCUCCAUGAGGAUUACCCGUUUGGUAAAAACCUCAAAAACUCCCAUCUAAUUGGGCUGGCCUCAAAGCCCAGUAAUCAAAUUAAAUCCAUUGAUAUCAUACUCACGGCCCAAGACGUCGCCGUAGAAGGGUUCUGUAUGAGGUGCGGGUCACAUGGGUCAGCGGGCAGGGGCGGGGCUAAGCGGGCUUACAUAUGGGUUGGAAACUCUGCAACCCAGUGUACUGGUCAAUGUGCUUGGCCUUUUUACCAGCCUAUGUAUGGCCCACAAACACCACCCCUGGUGGCCCCUAACGGAGACGUUGGUGUUGAUGGGAUGAUCAUCAAUUUGGCAACGCUGUUGGCGGGGACUGUAACAAACCCGUUCUCUGACGGGUAUUUUCAGGGGCCGUCAACAGCCCCGCUCGAGGCGGUAAGCGCUUGUACCGGGAUAUUCGGGCCGGGCGCUUACCCCGGAUUCCCCGGAACCUUACCCGUGGAAAAGGUAACCGGAGCAAGUUAUAAUGCGAAUGGGGUGAAUGGGAGGAAGUUCUUGGUCCCGGCGAUGUGGGAUCCUCAAGGCUCCGUUUGCUCAACGGUUGUUUAAUCUUAUGGGAGUAAAUGGAUUGAACUGAUGCAUAGGGUAAAAUAAAAUUAAGUGUAUUGUGUAAUACUCCUGGAAAAAGUAAAAAGUAAAAAGU